AUGGCACUCGAUGCAGAGUUCUUGCUGAAAGUGAAGGAACAUGUCACAACCAAGCUCAAACAAUUGGGUGCUUUUAUUGACGAGGAGCUCCCAGACUACAUCAUGGUGAUGGUUGCCAAUAAGAAGAACGAAAGCAGUAUGGCUAAGGAUCUACAGUUGUUUCUGGGAGAACACACUGCUGAGUUUACUAGAUGGUUGCACUCAACUUUAGAGGAGCUGAAAACACCGGUUAAAGCAGCCCCUGUCGAGAAACAACAGCCUUCAACUCGUUCAAAAUCUCGGCCGCAGAAGCGCAAAUCGGACAAAGCACGUUCAGCUUCUGGCCAUUCGCGCUCCCGGUCUCCAGUUGACCAACGGAAAACGGACAAGUUGGUUGCCUCCUCGCGUGAGCCUCAUGUGGAGGGUGAACUUCUACAUAUCCAUGCAGAUGAAAAUGAGUUUAUAAAUGAUGACAUAUCGUCCACUUCUCCGGUCUAUGAGGAACGCAAGGUUGUGAGCACCUCUGUCUUGUCUUCUAAACAGAGUAAGCUGCGUGAAUCUCAUGAGGCAGAAGAAAUGGACAAAGUCUCCACCAUUCGUUCUGUCGUUAGAACUGCCCCG